GGCGAGAGGGCGGCGGGCCGGCGGGCGGAGUGGGCCUGGGCUCGAGAAGUUUGCGCGGCGGCUGGUGAGCGCCGGGUGCGGGCCCCGCCGGCCGUGCGCGCCCGCUGCCAUGGCUUUCCGCCGGAGGACGAAAAGUUACCCGCUCUUCAGCCAGGAGUUCGUCAUCCACAACCAUGCAGACAUCGGCUUCUGCCUGGUGCUCUGCGUCCUCAUCGGGCUUAUGUUCGAGGUCACCGCCAAGACUGCCUUCCUAUUUAUUUUACCUCAGUAUAAUGUUAGCGUGCCUACAGCAGAUGGCGAGACGGUGCACUACCACUACGGGCCGAAGGACCUGGUCACAGUCUUGUUCUACAUCUUCAUCACCAUCAUCCUGCAUGCUGUGGUGCAGGAGUACAUUUUAGACAAAAUCAGCAAACGGCUUCAUCUCUCCAAGGUCAAGCACAGCAAGUUCAACGAAUCUGGACAGCUGGUCGUCUUUCACCUCAGCUCGGUGAUCUGGUGCUUCUAUGUGGUGGUGACGGAAGGAUAUUUAACAAACCCAAGGAGCCUCUGGGAAGACUAUCCGCAUGUGUACCUCCCCUUCCAGGUGAAGUUCUUCUACCUGUGCCAGCUGGCCUACUGGCUGCACGCACCUCCUGAGCUCUACUUCCAGAAGGUGCGGAAGGAGGAGAUUCCCCGGCAGCUCCAGUACAUCUGCCUGUACCUGGUCCAUAUUGCGGGCGCGUACCUCUUCAAUCUGAGCCGCCUGGGCCUGGUCCUGCUCCUGCUGCAGUACUCGACCGAGUUCCUCUUCCACACGGCUCGGCUCUGCUACUUUGCAGACGAGAACAACGAGAAGCUGUUUAACGCCUGGGCUGCUGCAUUUGGAGUCACCCGCCUCUUCAUCCUCACCCUCGCCGUGCUGGCCAUUGGCUUUGGCCUCGCUCGCGUGGAAAACCAGGCCUUUGACCCCGAGAAAGGGAACUUCAACACGUUACUUUGCAGGCUGUGCAUGCUGCUCCUGGUGUGCGCCGCCCAGGCCUGGCUCAUGUGGCGCUUCAUCCACUCCCAGCUGCGGCACUGGCGCGAGCACUGGAGCGAGCAGAGCGCCAAGCGCAGAGUGCCCGCCGCGCCCAGGCUGGCAGCCAGGCUCAUCAAGAGGGAGUCGGGUCCUGGGGCGCUCGCUGCCAGCCCCGCGCUCUCUGUCCAGCCUGGGGGCCUGUCUGCACCAGGCUCUGUUUCCUGAGUCGCCGGCCUCUCUCCAGGUUACCACGAAAACGGAGUGGUGAAAGCAGAGAACGGAACCUCCACACGGACUAAGAAACUCAAGUCUCCUUAGGGCCGAGGUGCUGAGAACAGGAAUGCUCUCACGGGCCCAGCAGGGAGGCCCCCCUCCUGCUCCGAUGCCCCAUCUCACACAGUAGAAACCUGUCUUCACACAGGGCCUUUUCCUCUUCUUUACGUCUUGGCUUUCUCUUCUUUCUCUGUGAACCAUUCUCAAUAAAACCAAAAAUCUUCCUCUU